ACUUCUAGGAGCUGCUGGCUUCCUUCAACGAGCUUUGAUCUUCAGCCGUUCGCUUCCAAACCCUACGUGUCUCAGGCAGGCAAAUCCAAGACAUAGGAACUUCCCACAACCGUUCACCAACACGGUGAGCUUCAGAUACUUGGCGAAAGUCAAGCUGGUCUUGAUAGAUAUCUCUACCUCUGCCGACCAGUUCGCGCGCCUCACACAAAAGCAACUUCGACUAUACAUUCCACCAUUGAGGCUUCUCCACAAACUGCCCUUCAUUUCUUUCGAAACAUCCAGUCCAGCAGUGUCUGCUUCUUACAACCGCUCGCCCACAAUCUAGAGAUUCAAUAUGCCUAUUUUUGGCUUGUACUCGAACGCGGGGACUUCACCAAAGUCAAGGCUCAUCUCAGGUCCGAUGCACGCUCGUCAUGUCGGCGGUGUCAGUAUCACAGGUGGUACUGGGGGCAACACAUCGCUGAGUAGCUAUUUCGCUCCCACGUCUCUCGAACCCGACGAACUGCCUUCGCACACGUACGCAGCAAGUGGAAUAGUCGAAGUGCCUCGCAGAUCAAACACCUUCACAAACGCAGUACGAAGACCGAGUCUAUCCCUGAAGCGGAGCUUAUCACGACUGCGAAGCAGUGCAAGUGCUCGUAGCUCCGAGGGACACAAAAGAAGUCAGAGUGACAAUCGUGGAGUAAUGACAGACACAAGAUCGGAUCCACCAGAUACAUGUAGCAGCCAUGUCAUACAGCGGAAGCCAAGCCCGAUACCCUCACAGCCGAGCACGGGCCUGGAUUGGGAUACACCUACCGCAACAACACGGCCAGACUCGCCAGACUUGGGUGCGGUACCUAUCCCACCACCGAAGAACUAUUCUCGUCUCCAUUCAAAGGUUUCUAUGUACAGCAUGUCGGCAUACUCGGUUGCAACAGACCACGACAUGGUCCCAAAGAAGGACUUACCAACUCAAGUACCUGUCAGGGCAAGACGCGCAGACUCUGGCACAGCGAUAGAGUUCGACGAUCUACCUGUCGAACAGCGCCCAACAGGCUUCAAGGAAAUCGCAGCAAUUAAAAGUUACGAGGACCGAAUGGCGAUGUAUGAGAAGACCAGGGACUACUGGGCGAACGCUGAGCAUGGACUGGCAGAGUGGACAGGGAGAACCGGUGGGCCGAGGACUUUCCAACUAAGGAGAGAGGAACAGUGGAUAUGAAAGUGUAGGAGUCUGAGGGCCGUUACGAUGUCAUCAAAGUUCUACGCGAUAAGUUUUUGAUUUCCCUUUGCUUC